GGCGGCGAGGCAAAUGGGCAAGCCUCUUAAUGUGUAGCCCCUGUUCACCUAGCAGUAAAUAGGUAUAGAAGAUGACGGGCUGGUGGUGCACACUUCUGCUGUUGGUGGUGGAAGUGAUGGGGACAGGUCCUCCGUCAGAUUUUGUGGGCCGACUGAAUGCACUUGACUUUACGGAUGGUAACUACUAUAUAAUGGCCAGAGAUGGGAUGACAGCCUCGCUAGAUGACCUGCAACGCGGCCAAGAUGGACUCAUAAUAAAACUAAACAACGUUAUCAGGACACUCAAGGAAGACGCAUUAAAACUGAAUAACAUCUUCUACAAACUUGGCCGACAUGACACCAACCUGGAAGAUGUUGACUCCAACCUCCAUCGGUUGGGUGACUCAUCUCGACGAACUGAAGCCAAACUCAACAAGCACGCCUAUAAUGUUGAUUUCCUUCGCCGUCGAGUAGAGGAUCUUCAUGGGCAGUGGCAAGGUGUAGCAGGCGUACAGAUGGAAAUGGCAGCAGUGCGUUCCAUCACUGAUCGUUUGGAUGACCGACUGACGGAUGCCAUCGCCCGUUUGGGGUUGGUUGAAAACACUACUAAAACCCUGGAGAAAAGAUCAACACCAGGUCACCUUGAUGUUUUCCAAGCAGCUGAGAGGCCUCCUACCCUCACUGUGUACCCUUACCCUACCCGAGAUUCAUGUCGGCUGGAUUUUGAGCGUGUUGGGAGUGACUGUUAUUGGUUUGGUGGUGAGGAAUUGACCUUCACAGAGGCCACAGCUGCCUGCUUUGGCCAUGGAGGUAGCCUGUUAACGCUGCCUUCUCCUGGCACCCAGCUGACUUUGCUCCUUAACCGCCUCAAAAAAGAUACCCUAUAUUGGACCGGUGGGACAGACGCCUUUCGUCACGGUUACUGGGUUUACCUUAUGACAGCCCAGCCCGUCAUGCCCUUACAUUGGGCUGGAGAGAAUGCAUCCAAUCCACGUAGCGUCGACAAUCAACCUGAUUCAGACAUCCAACACUGUGCCGGUCUGACCUCCCACGGCCUCACACCGCGCCCAUGCACCCAACGUCACCCUUAUAUAUGCCACGUCAUGUGAAGUGGUCUCAGCCCACCAUGGAAUGAUGUACUCUAAGCAAGUGCAUAUACUGUGGUUUCAGUGUUGUCUUGUUCGAAUAGAAACUCGUUUAUAAAAACAACAUAACAAAAUUGACAUAAAUGAAUAGAAAAAUAAGUAAAUAGAACAAACUAGGUUGCUAAGUAUACGGUAUUUCAUAUUUCAUGUGUAUUUCAAAUAAUAUGAUGCAUGAUAUGUGGAUUUUAUCGUAUAUGAGUAGUAUUCAAGGAGGUUAUACUGAAGAAGACGCCCCGCGCCUAUCGCUCUGUACUAAAAGCCAGUGGGCGGAGCUUAUGAGGCGGUGGGCGGAGUUUACGAUCGCAACUUACACCCAGAACAUUGCCUCAUCCUGUGUUAAGCAAUGGGAAAUAGCCACUUUCUUUUUCAUUACUAGCGGAAAACUGAGAACGAACCAAUGGUUUAACUUAUGUAAACCACAUUAUAAUUUCCUAGAUAUGUUAUAUAGACCUGGUAUUAACGUUGUUAAUGCCAAAUAGCAAUGAUAUUGGAAGAAAUACGGCACGAUGUUUCUGGGAGAAGUUAUGGCAAAAAGAUUUUUUUUUCUCAUUUAAUGCAUGACAAGGAACAAAUAGUGAAGUAAAAUUUCAGUGAUUGAUGCUUUUCCAACGCACAGUGACAUGAAAUCACACAUCAUUUUAAA